AUGGAUGUGGAUUUGACCGUUAUCGAAAGUUCGAGUGAAAGUUCCAAAACCUCUUUAGACAAAAAUGUAGAUCUAUCUAUUAACGAGAAUACCUUUUCGAAUAAAAGCAUCGAUCUAACUAUAAGCGAGGAUACCUUUUCGAAUAAAAGCGUCGAUUUAACAAUUA